UAUUUGGAAAGCCCGACUUUCUGUCCGGCUCAUAAAAGACCGCUAGCUUUCUGGACGUGUGGACACGUCUCCAAUUACUUUUGCACAUGAAUUUCGAAGUAUUUACUAAGCGAUUUGUCAACGGAUUCAUCAUUGGAUAUUUUUUUUCAUAGACUAUAUAUGUCAGGUCCAGCUGUAUAUAUAUUUAUCAGCUGCCAUAAACACGCGUUUGCCUAUCCUAACCUAGAAUAUAUCUAAUAUAAAGCCUCUAACCUCUCAUUUCAAUCGCAACUGCAACGUUGAAUUGUGUUAAAGACUGUGAAUUCACUAUAAUUAUAAAAUUAACUUCAAAUAAUACUUUAGCAUCUUUUUCGUACUUGAUAAUAACUAGAGGCAACUGGGAUUACUCGAAGUAUGUCGAUAUCACGAGUACAACAAUCAGAAAAUGCAGGCGGUGAUGGUGAGCCCAUAUUCCAGGACCUGAAGGCACUGGACGAGGAUCAUCCUCCAGUUACGAUUAUAGAAAGUUUGUGCAUGAAUUGUGGGGAAAAUGGCCUCACAAAAUUACUCCUGACUAAAAUUCCACAUUACAAAGACAUUAUCUUGAUGUCUUUUGAAUGCGAAAAUUGUGGAUUUAAAAAUAAUGAAAUUCAAAAUGGAGGGAAAAUAAAUGAAAAAGGAAUCAGAAUCAAACUAGAAGUUGUCGAUAAGAGAGAUCUAAAUCGACAAGUAGUGAAAUCUGAUUAUACAAACGUCACAAUACCUAAAUUGAACUUUGAAAUUCCAUCGCAAUCGCAGAAAGGAGAAAUAACGACACUCGAAGGAAUAAUCGAUAGAAGUAUAACGGGAUUGGAGCAAGAUCAACCGAGAAGAAAGGAAGAAAAUCCUGAAACUGCAGCGGAGAUUGAGCUAUUUAUUUCAAAAUUACGUUCUUUGAAAUCCGUUGAUGAACCCUUCACUAUUAUUUUUGAAGACAUAACGGGGGAAACGCACGUGGAAAAUCCUAAUGGAUUACGAAAAGAUCUUCAAUGUUCGAUAACUCACUUUGUAAGAUCGGAGAUGGAGAACAAAACGCUCGGAAUUUUUGAAGAAAACAACGAUGGGCUUUUGAAGCCUAUUGAACCAGGAAGCUUUACGUUGGAAGAAUUGGAGGGUGAAGUUUUAACUUUUGCCACCAAUUGUCCCAAGUGCAAUGCUCCAUGCGCCACAAAUAUGAAAAUGACGAAUAUUCCACACUUCAAACAAGUGGUAAUAAUGGCAACAGUAUGUGAUCAGUGUGGUCACAAAACGAACGAAGUCAAAAGCGGUUGUGGAAUCGAGCCCGAAGGAGUAAGAAUGCAAGUUAAAGUGAAUGGAAGGGAGGACUUCAGCAGAGAUGUCUUGAAAUCAGAAACAUGCGCCAUGGAGAUUCCAGAAUUAGAGUUGGAAGUGGGGCCAGAUGCUCUCGGAGGCCGCUUCACAACUGUAGAGGGCAUUAUCACAGCAACGAGAGAGCAAUUAUUGUCCAAUACUUCGUUUUGCGGAGACAGCGCUGAUGAAACUGUUAAAAAACGAAUGGAUGAAUUCAUUUCAAAACUGGAUCAAGUUCUGAAUGGCGUACGCCCAUUAACAAUUAUUCUUGAUGAUCCAGCUGGUAACAGCUACAUUCAAAGUCUCUCGGACAGCGGUUGUGAUGAGAGAUUAAAUAUCACCAAGUAUGAGAGAAAUUUUCAACAGAAUGAAGAGUUGGGGAUUAACGAUAUGAAAGUGGAAAAUUAUUAAGCAGAUUGAAUGAAGCUACAUUACAUUCAUAAUUUCCAGAAUCUGUGAAUAUUAUUUUAUCUUUUUUCAAUAUUCCCACGAGAGUUGGAACUGUAUAAUAAAAUGAACAAUUUUAUCAUGUA